AUGGCAACCAACGCGCCGCUUUUCACUGCCGUCUCAUCCUCCACACGCCAGGUACUUCUCCUCCUACGUUGCAUUUCCUUUUCGCAAAAGGCCAAUGUUCGAAUUUCCCCCGAAGGCCUACGCUUCAGCACUGAAGAAGGCAGUGUCAUGGAGGCUUUCGUCUUCCUCGAUAAGUCUCUUUUCACCUCGUUUACCUACAACUCACCUCCAACACCAUCUACACGAGAAGAAGAUCCCGAUCUGCCAGUUUUCGAGAUCAAUUUGACCGCUCUGCUUGAGACAUUGAACAUCUUCAGCCUUUCGGAUCAUACUGCAUCACAUCGCUCGCGCGAUGAGUACGAGCACUUUACCGCUCACCGCAUCAACCGCCACACUGGGAUCAAUGCCUUCUCUAAUCAAGCACUGGGCGUAAGUGGUAUCUGUACCCUGUCCUACGAUGGCGAAGGGAGCUCUUUGAACGUCCACAUGUCAGAAGCUGGAGUCACAACAACAUGCGAACUAACCACUUACGAAGCCGACACAACCGAAGAGAUUCCUUUCAGUCGCGAUAGCGUGGCGCUCAAGACUAUCAUGCGCUCCACUUAUCUCCUCGAUGCCAUCACGGAGCUCAGCUCAGUCAAUCCCACGAAUCUGUCCUUCCAAGCUUCACCAAAUACCUCCAUUGGGGCCAAUCUUUCUCUCUCAGCAAGCGGAGCGCUAGGAUCUGCGACCGUGGACUUCACAACCAAUACCGAUUCCGACACGCCAAUACUGGAGACAUUCCAUUGCGCUGCCAAGACCAACGCAAGUUUCAAAUUCAGUCUUUUCAAGGCCGCUCAACGCGCAAUGGCUUCGGCUUCCAAAGUGUCACUGCGUUUGGAUGACGAUGGUGUUUUGAGCAUGCAGUAUCUUAUUGAAAUGGCCUCGAGUGGCAGCGAUGGCGUUACAUUCGUGGACUUUCGUGUUGUCCCGCUCGUGGACGGGGAAGACGGCGGAGCUUUUGACGACGGCGACAGCGAAAGGGAUGAUUUGUAG